GACGCUUCUGUGGGGAAUUUCGGAUGGAUGGAUCGAUACUGUGUUCGUAAAUACGCUGCUACUGACCACCAGAAUCAAUUCAUCAACGAAACAAAAACUCCACCAAAAAUGUUAGUUUGGAUAUAUGUGGAUGCAGUGAGGAGUGAUCGCUAUGCUGCUAUAGUAUCACCGAAGCAAAUUUUGGGAGAAUUUGCCAUUCCAGAUAUUUAAAAUACUAUAUUUUUGUCAAAAAUAUUCGGCACAAUUUUUACAUGCUGUCGUUCGUUUUUUCGUCAUUAUAUAACAUCUUCGUUUUACUAUGAAAUACAGUAAUUCUUUUUGAUUACUACCACUGCGAAUAUAAUUUAGUCAACUGUCGUGUUUUGAUGUCAUAAUAUAUAAUGUUCUCUCUUAGUGACAUUCAAAAUUAACCAAGUUCAAUUGUAAUUCUGUGACGAUCACGACGAUCUUGUGAUGUGAAAAUUAUUUUUUUCAUUCCAUGCUCCUUAAGGUUUCAUCUUUUGCUCUAUAUAGAUACUUUCUCUUUUAUUCAAAUUCUGAUCCAUUCGAUGUGACACUCAUUGGUUAUAUAUGCUAACUCGGUACUAGUUCAAUUUACGUGGUACACUACCGUCCGUUCUACAGCGGAUAUACACAUCACCAUUACAAUAUCCAUCCAUAUGUCAAAAGUAGUGAAUGUACAUAUAUACCGAACCAUAAAAUUUUUAACAGCUCUCAAAACACACGAGAACGACUGGAACACCAUAUGUAUAGUUGGAAAAAAAACUCACUUUUAUCGAUAUAAAUACAUUUGCAAUAUUACAUAUACUUCUUUUGACACAUUUUUUCCAAAGUAUCUUUCUUACAUAUAACGAAAAAAUUGUCUCCAUCUCUUUCUAUUCAUCUCAGUACACACUUGAGCACCAGCAGCACUUGACGAAAAAAGACUAUUUACAAAAGGAAAAAAAACUUUCACAAGUAUCCCGCAUGUUGUGAGCUAGAACAGUCUGUUUCGGUCAAAAGUGAUAAAAAAUACUACCAUAUAAAGAUACUAGUAAAAAUUCACAUAUGACAAUAGCACCGUGCGAGAUAACCUCUCUUUCAUCACAUUGAAAGUUUUUUCCACUCUGCAUACUCUGUGUACUCUGCGACACGUAUCUUCGGAAAAUAAAAACAACAAAGCAACACGAGGGAAAAAAUUUCCAUUGACAUCUGCUUGCACAACGAAGGAUUCUUUUUCCAACAACCGAUGUCAGACUCCAGAGAGUCUGCCCGAGUUGGUCACAACUCUGGCAGCACUGGAAAUGCCAACGCCUGUGUCGUUUGCUACAGGGACGUAGAAAUUUAUAGCAUAGGACUUUGUGAACAUCCUGUAUGUUACGAAUGUAGUACAAGGAUGAGGGUAUUGUGUCAACAAAACGAGUGUCCUAUAUGUCGUCAGGACUUACCAAAAGUAGUCUUUACCAGAAUGGUCAAGCCGUUUCGCCAUUUGAGGAGGAGCAAUUUGUUUGAUACGCGAUACAAUAUUUAUUUCGACAGUCCGGAUAUUCAAGAAAAAUUUAAUACUCUAUUGGCUCAUGCUUGCUCCAUUUGCCCCGAUAAACAACAAUUCCGAAAUUUCAAUGGCCUGAAGGAUCACAUGAGACGAACGCACGAACUGCACUAUUGCGAUCUUUGUGUCGACAAUUUAAAGAUAUUCUCGCACGAGAGACGUUGUUACACACGUUCGAAUCUGAGUCAACAUCGUCGAAAGGGCGAUCUGGAUGACAAGAGUCACAAGGGUCAUCCGUUAUGUGUAUUCUGUGACCAGCGUUACAUGGACAACGACGAGUUAUAUCGUCAUUUGCGGCGUGACCAUCUUUUCUGUCAUUUCUGUGACGCAGACGGUCUCCAUCACUAUUACAAUUCGUACAAUGAUUUACGAGAGCAUUUUAGGAACGAGCAUUAUCUGUGCGAAGAGGGAACGUGCGUGGAAGAAAUGUUCACCGGCGUAUUCAGGACGGAUAUUGAUUUGAAAGCGCACAAAGCCUGCACACACGGUAAGCAUUUGGGAAAAGCCGCGGCAAAACAAGCGCGUACUUUGGAAUUGGAGUUUACGUUAGCCCCCAGAGGAGGAGGAGACAAUCGUAAUAACCGAAGAUUACCAAUGAGCGGAACGAGUGGAGCAAGUGGAAAUACCGGUAGCGGAGCUUUGCAAUCGAAUUGUCGGAGAUCUCGGGAUCAGAACAAUCGAGAUCUGUUACAACAGCCGCAGCAGCAACGACAACAGCAACGUCAUUUGGGACAGACGGAUUAUAUGGCUGUUAUCGUUAGCGACUUGGGAGACGUUGCUGCUGAAAUUGCGUUUGACGACGACGAUAGCUCUACUUACGUGCGACAGCCGGACGUACGGAGUACCGAAGAAUUUCCAUCACUCGGGAAUAGCUCCCCGAUCAUACCGAAUCUCGGUCAACCUCGUGGACGUGGCAAUCUGACAAUACGAGGUACUUUGAAGCCCCAAGCUCUGGCGGUAACCGAUGAAAAUUUCCCAGCCCUGGGACCGGAUUCCGGCAUAAGCAGUUCAACCGGUGUUGCCAGUUCAGCAUGUGGUUCAGCAGCGGGAACUUCGGGAAUUUCGAAAACUCUCAAUCUCAGCGUUUACAGCAGUAACAAAACCGACACUUCGAGUAGUUCGUCAUCGCAACGUCCCAAAUCCGGAGCACCAAACGUAUCGAUUCAAGUCAAUCAUAAGACCGAUGGUACCGUCACGACGCGCGUCAGUGGACCAAACAUCCGAAUAAAGCCGGCACAGCGUACUUCAAUGGAUUGUGAUUUUCCGGCUCUCGGUCGUUCGAACCUCGCCAAUACCGCACCAUCGACGAUUAGUCCGAACGUUGGUCAAUGGACGAAAGUAACAUGCGUCAAACAGCCACCCGAACAAUCAUCGAAAGCGAAAAAAGUCAGCCCUUCGCCAUUCCCAGAAUAUCCGCCGCGUUUACCAUCUUCCGAAGAUUUUCCGAGUUUGUCGAAACCAGCCCGUUCAAAAAAACAACUUUCUAUCGCGGUCCUUCCACAACAAUCCUCCUGGUCCCAGCAGCAUCAACAACCCUCGUCAAAGAAAUCCGAAAACGAGAACAAGUCAAUAGCUGACGCGACCAAAGGUAAAACGAAAAAGAAAAAAGUCAAGCAACAAGUAAUCAGCGGUAACAAUUCAAGUAGCAACGAAUCAACCGGCUCGAGAACAAACAAUAACAUCACUAAUGUCAGCGACAAGGCGAAAGAGAAUUUAUCGAAAAACAAUGGAACGAAGACGGAAGCAGCAGCACCCGUAACGAGGAAAGAUAACAAAAUGGAGCUCAAUACGAAAACCGACGAAUCUUGCGAGAGGAAAGACAACAACAAAUCGUCGAAGAAAGAUAAGAGUAGUAAAAGCAAGAGCAAAAACAAGAAAGAGGCCGCGGCCGGUGGUGCCACGGAGCGCUCGAGCAACGAUAAUGAUUCAGCGUUCACACCCUCGAACUCGGAAAAACAAACGAGCCAAGAAACGUCAGCUAGAAAAUGUUCGGUACUGAAUAUCGAUAGUUUGAAUUCAAACGAAAACGUAUGCAAGCUUAAUGAUGAUUUUCCAGCGCUGAGUAUCGGCAAGUCCGUUCGGUCAGCGAGCAACGGACAAUUCAUGACGAAAGUGACGAACCCACCGCCUGGUUUUGAUACUGCCACACCACCACCGCCAGGCUUCGCCGUUAAGAUUUCCAGCGACGAUCGUAUACCGAGCGACAACGGUAGUUUAACGUUUACAAACAGUUCGGGCGAGAGCUACACUAUUCUACCAACGAGAACGGGAAAGGGGGAACUCGAAAAAAUGUACACAUACGUCAUACCGCCCGAUUUCGAAAGAAGGAAUCGAAGCCUCAUCGAGCGCGUGACCGAGGUACUGGGCGAUCAAGAAGCCAUUAAGGAGUUUCGAUUUCUCAGCGGCUCCUUCCGACGAGGUGAUUGUAAUCCCGAGGAUUAUUACAAGCGCUGUCGCCGAGCCAUCGGGGUCGCCACUUUCGACAAUUUAUUUCCCGAGAUGCUGGUCUUGCUUCCGGACAUUGAAAAACAGCAACAACUCUUUCAAAUUCAUCGUCGCGAGGUAAAUGGCCAAAUAAGACUAUUGGACGCUUGCGACGUAUGCGGCCAAAUAGUGAACGUCGGUAGUGAUCAGAAAGCUCAUUUAUCGAGUCACACUAUGGAAAAUGAUUUUCCUGCGCUCGGCGAUACAUCCAACACUGCACCCCCGCCUACGACUUGGGUCGUUCGCAAAGUUUGAUACGCGGCCGGUUGCUACGAGUUUUAUUUUGUUUGUUUUUUUUUCUUUCUUUCUUUCUUUUUUUUCGUCGCUCUCUCGCGACGAUGGGAAACAGGACUUUGCUUUUGCGUCGAAAUUAUACAUCGCCUAUCUUCGUCAAUCACAUUCUGGUUAUAUACUUUCAACUUAUUUGCCAAGUACGAGCUCGGAAAUCAUGCUGCACCUCGUACGAAGAUUUUCACUUGAAUUCUAUUCGUUGGAACGAAUUCGAAAACGAAAAUCCAAAUCCCUUAUUUGUCAAUGUACAUAAUACGUUUAAAAAAUCAUAAAAAACAAAUGGCUGCAGACAUCACAACGUGGCUGAAGGGAUAUUGUACCUUGUACCUCCGCGAGAGCAUUUCUCCAUCUCCCUUCGAGCCGUACACAUCUGAGAUUUCACGUAAUAUAAGAACGAUAAAAAAUUGAAUGAUGAAAAUAACGAGUCGCAACGGAGCAACGCCAAAUGUAAAGAAAAUAAAUUGUUUCAUAGUUCACAAAUAUAUACGUACACGCGUGUACCUCCGAGAUGUACUGUUUUGUACACAAUAAUAAAGUUACACGUGCAUGGGUUAAAUAGUGCGCGCAAAUUAA